UCUCGCUUCUGGUUGGACAUUCUGAUCGCCAUGCCGGAGAGUCACCCAAUCGGUACGCCUAAAGAUGGGAAGGCUCAGAAGCAACAGCGCCUCCGCAGCCCAUUGCAUGAAAUGGAUGACGACCUUCCCGUCGCGACUAUGGCGCAAAGCUCAGACAGCGGUGCCGUGGUACCAAGGCGCUUGGUAUAUGCUGGCGUCGACGUGGAGCUACCGCCUCAGAACAUCGAGAACCCCGAGGCCGCCGUCACAAUGGGAGCUAUGAACCAGCUGUUCCGCGACUACAUGGCACCCAUGAUCAACAUUACCCAGGCGCUUGGAAAAGAUCUGGAAGACUUGAAAUCAACAGUGGAAUCUGGAAUGGAGGAAAUUGAAAUACGCCGAACAAACUUGGAUAACGAUAUCGAAUAUCUACGCGGGGAACUGCAGUAACCAUUCCAGAAUCAAUCGAACAGCGGUUCCAAACAGUGGUACGGGAACUAUCAUGACUCCGACAUAUUACCACACCAAAGUCGAUCCCAGCAUCCACGGUCACCUGACAAUCCACUACGACGACCCUCGUGACUUGGGGCCUUCCGCACGACACGCUAUACGAUGCUGAUCGCUGGGUUGCAAAAGUCCUCACAAAAGCUCAAUGCGAAAUGCCCCUGAAGACUUACAAGAAAGGCCCCCCAGCAGAGCCUCUCAAAGGUAUGCUUUUCUCCGAGUUCAAAUCCCAAGACUCGUCAGACAACGCACUCCCGAUUCUUCAAGCAGCAUGCGAAACGCUAAAGCCAAAAGAAAGGAGCCGUCGCGUUUGGUGCGGCGCAGACGCUCCAAUCGAGCAGAAGACCGCCACUUCAAAGUUGUUGGGGCUUCGGUAUUUCCAUGCGCAAUGGGGAUUCGACAA